CGCAGGAAGCCGCGUGCCCAAGCGAACGAAGGAACCGCUUUACCAGUACACUAUCAAACGCGAGCACUGUUACCAUGGCCAAGACAGGAUGGAAGUCGGGGAUCUCCAAUACUUCCUCAGCGGGAAAAACCAAUCGGACUCCCAAGGGAAAUGCGAGUUCCAAACUCACGCAAGGCCGACGCCGCGACAAGCAACCCGGGUCGGAGCGUUCCGCGGAAACAAUCCAGCGUUUGAAAAUGUAUUCCAAUGGAAAAGCCAUUCGUAACAAGGCGGGGAAGAUUGUGGCGGGAACCUUUAUGAUGCAAGACCGCGCCGGUGAUCGAAAAAUCGAAGCCUCCACUGGACGCAUACAACCCGAUCGCCGAUGGUUCGGGAAUACGCGCGUGGUUGGUGCCACCGAACUCGAUCGUUUUCGUCAAGAAAUGACGGAGAAAGUGGCUGAUCCAUACUCCGUAGUCCUUAAACGCAAAAAGCUGCCAAUGGGCCUCUUACAGGAUGCCGCCGAGUACAAGGCCGGAAACCAGAAAGCCGCGCUUUUAGAACAAGAGCCGUUCGAUCAAGCAUUUGGAAAGAAUUCUCGUCGAAAGAGAGUCAAACUUGAUCAGCUUUUCGUACAACGCGCGGCUGAAUCGGCAGACAGCAAAGAAGACAUCAAGACUGGCGAAGGAGAGGCUAUACGCUCCGAAGGCGAGGGCAUUGACUGGCGGCAUGAGAAGAAAGACGAUCUCUUCCUUAAGGGACAAUCAAAACGAAUUUGGGGAGAGUUCUUUAAAGUCGUGGAUUGUUCAGAUGUUGUUUUGCAUAUCAUUGAUGCUCGAAAUGUACCGGGUACCCGCUGUACCAUGAUUGAACGUCAUAUCGCCAAAAAUGCUUCUCACAAGCACUUGGUCUUUGUUUUGAACAAGAUCGAUCUCGUGCCGAACUGGGUUGCCAAGCGAUGGAUGGGCGAGUUGGCUGCCGUUCGUCCAACCAUCGCCUUUCAUGCAUCACUAACAAAUGCGUUUGGAAAAGGGGCCUUAAUAAGCUUACUACGACAGUUUGGAAAGCUUCACGAAGACAAAAAGCAAAUCAGUGUUGGUGUUAUUGGCUAUCCCAAUGUUGGCAAAUCGUCGGUCAUCAAUACACUCAUUUCAAAAAAAUCUUGCAAAGUGGCACCCAUUCCUGGUGAAACCAAAAUCUGGCAGUAUGUUACCCUCUUCAAACGAAUAUCCCUUAUCGACUGUCCCGGUGUUGUUGUCGAUACAGCUGGUGAUACGGAAGAGGAUUCCGUGCUCAAGGGAGUGGUUCGAGCGGAGCGCUUGGAAAAUCCAGAGGACUUUAUCGAUGCGAUUAUGGGCAAGGUGAAACGUGAGCACAUUGCGGCACAAUACAAGCUACCAAAGGAUGGAGAGGAGACAUGGAGUAGUAGCGGAGAGCUUAUGGAAAUGAUCGCGAGGCGAUCAGGUCGUUUGCUAAAGGGUGGUGACCCCUGUAUUCGGACUGCGGCACUUAUGAUUAUCAACGAUUUCCAACGGGGCCGUCUCCCCCAUUUUAUUCCUCCACCUGAGCUUAAGGUAGAGGAAGAUCAGAAGACAGUUGCUACUGAGCAGGCAAUCCAAAUCGAGGAGCAGAAUCUGGAUGAUGUGGUUGUUGUCGAGAAAGAAAUGGAACAAGACGAAGAAGGUGUCGAAACUAAAACGAAUGAUCAUGCAGCCAUUGCUGACACGGAGACAGUAAUUGACACUUCGAGUAUCUUGAUCGGAGACGGUAAAUGGGACGAAUAGUGUGGUUUUAAAGAUACUCGCUUGAGAGAUAGGAUUGGUCUGAAAACAUAAUUUUGCUUGAAAACUCAACGUAACAAAUUCAUUGCGUUCGAACGGUCCACACAUGUUUGAGACUUUGAACAAAAAGGGGCUUAGUAUUAACUUUCUUAAUGGAGGUACGCCAAGACGUUGCUGGAAAUUUUUCUCUCUC